CACAGCAGAGCCUGGCCAAUGCCACGCCCAGGGGGAGUGGCGCUGAUCAGCGACAUGCUCCCAACGGACUCUCGCGUGGCCGGCUCUGCUUUGAAUCUUUCUAACGACCGCGUCGAAGUUACCGUCUACAACUAUAUUCUAGAGUGAUCACACGACCGCUGGGAGGCAUCGGAGCACCGACAAAGAUGCGCGAAAGCCCAAAACCCGACAGGUCGCAAGUUAACAAAGCCUGCACGUUAAGAAGAUGAGAAGGCGUACAAAUUCAUGGGCGCGCCGCAACGUUGAUAGGAUAGCGAGCGCACACACUACGAUUGAUCAGUCAAAGUUCGCGACGUGUAGUUGUCGCUUGCCCAAGGCGGGCGGGGCCGAAGGGCCGUCGGCGGCGUCUCCGCGUGUUCAUGGACCGUCCAUUCGCGGACACAUAGAUGGAUCUAUGCAUAAGCCGACUUGAUUAGUUACUGCGCUUUGUGGGUUGCACCCCAGAGCACAAAGCGGACGACAUGGCCAAUCAUCAAGGAAACGGUGCUUCCGUCGACGGCGGACGACGACGCGCAUGGACCAUAGCGCUGGUCUUGGCGUCUUUAGCCUUGGCAUGGAUCGCGAUCGCCCAAGGAACAUGCGCACUGGGCGUGCGAGCGGCUUCGCUCGGCCCUGCUUCCCGCCAGGUGCUCGUUCACAUCGAGCGCGCCAGCCGCCGGUCACUCCUGGCCGUGUCCAGUCCACCCAGCCCCCGCCCGCCGCGCCCGCCGCGCCCGCCGCGCCCGCCACCGCGCCCGCCGCGCCCGCCGCGUCCGCCGAGGCCCCCGCCACGGCCACGCCCUCCUCCCCGCCCUCCCCGCCCGAGUCCACCAUUGGUCAAGCCGUCGCCUCCGCCUCACCCUCCGCCUCGCCCGCCGCCGCCGCCGCCACCUUCACCCAGCCCACCGUCGCCUGUGCCGCGGGUGGCGGCACCGUCCUUUCAGGCGGCGACUGCUCGGAUGCCCAGGCCGUGUUCGACAGCACCAACAUGUACCGCAGUUGGCAUCAGGCGCCGCCGCUGACGUGGAGCGUCACGCUGGCGGCGGCCGCCCAGUCCUACGCGCUGCAGCUGGCGUCACAGAAGUGCGCGCUCAUCCACAGCGGUGCGGGCCCCGAGAACCUCAUGUCUACCCUGCGCUACCCCAAGCCCGACGCCUCCUGCAACGUGGCGGUCAAUGCCUGGUACCAGGAGGUCAACUAUUACAACUUCUCUGCGCCCCAGCCCUUUGUGGAUAACUGGCCCAAGGGCAUUGGGCACUUCACGGCUCUGGUGUGGAAUGCCGCAACCAAGUUUGGCUGCGGCAUGGCACGCGCCGAUGUGCCCAUGAAUGUUCCGGGGGGCGUUGCGGGCUGCAAGGUCGUGGUGUGCAGGUACGGAGAUGUGGCGAACGUGGCGUCCAACAUGGAGUUUUUGAAAAAUGUGAAGCCUCGCGUCUGAGUGGUACGACUUGCGACCAUCGUCGCAGCACUGGUGGUGUUGGGCGAGCGCCUCUUUCUGUUCGGGGUGAACUGCGUUUGUUUUGGAUUCUUUGAGGGACUCGGAUCACCACGGGAUCGGACCAAGGCGCUCCAAGGGCGCGCCGUGUCGCACACAUUCAUUUGUGAUGUGGGAAUGGACUGAGCAUGGAAUGUGCCUGGGAUGACGCAAGUCACAGGCUCGGAAACACGAGAUCCUUGGGGAAACCAACGUUUUGGUGUCUUGUACUGGGACUGUUUAUUCAUAUAACAACGUUUCAAAGUGUAUUCACUUCGGAUCCGGAAGAUAUCACCCGGGAGAAGGCAACCACUACACAUAGGCAGGCAUGCGUGGGCAGAUGACCAGAUGUGUUUGUCUGUACGUUCAGCACGCAGGAGCUGUAGGUGCCUGUGGGUGCAGGUUGCGUUUCCACGGGUAUCAUCAGGGGAUGCAUGGGGGCUCGGCACCUGGCCAUCCGCUGCGGCACUUUUCAAAUGUGGCUGGACACUGCCGGAAGACGUGAGCGUAGCGCUGUCCUGGCCUGCAGGAUGCAGACGUCGGAUACAGACGUGGGAUGCGGACGUGGCAUGCAGACACGUCUUGAAGUGUGGCGAGAUGGGAGUCAUGCGGACAGCUUCUGUGGCCGUGUGCACUACGGUAGCACGCAUGACACACCCAAAGAGUUGACUGCGGUGAUGCCGGAUUGUGGUUUCUUUCCUUGUGCAUUUUGCCCUUACUUAAGAUGGCUGGUUGUGGAUAUUACGCAGCAGCAGUUGUUGGUGCAGGUGGUUUGUGUAAAAGGCGUGCGUCAGCGCGCGCAGGGCCGGUUGCGUCGAUGGUGUGCACGAAUGGUCCAGGCGGUUUCACUCAAACCCUCAUGUGUGACACAUAUGCUAUACGAACACAUGUGCAGAGUGCAUUGUUUGCCCGCCGUAAGGCUAGGUGUUACGAGUGCGCCUUGUUGAGCCGUGUGAGACAGGGGCACCCAUGAUGUGGGGGUCCACCCCCUCCUGGAUGUACCAGGUAGCUCCACGCCACUCGUGGGGAGUGGGGGCUGCCAGCUGUGCGCCGUUGAACCUGCUGGCGGUUGACCCCUACCUACCUUUAUCUUUGUCUUAUCAAGCAUAUAUCUUAUAACUUAUUUACGCGUGGAGGUGAUGAACCGCUGUUAACGCAUGAAGAGAUACAGUUGCGGUUUGGGUAUUCUCAUUAGCUGCACAGGUCUGCCAAUACCUUGUGUCUUACUCAGUCAUAAUGCCGGUGUGCUUUUGUGAAGUCUGGCAGUCUAGCUUACUAACAGAGGGGCAUAGAUCAAAGACCAGGAUCAAUGUGCCGAUAAUACAUGGCCAUACCGUGGUGGUUUUGUGGGCGUGGUGGCAACGGGUGGAAGAGGCGGUCGGCGUAACGCGUCAGCAUACCGUGUACGGUACGUACCGUAUGCGCUGCGGACCCGAUGCACCCCUUGAUGCGAACGGAUGCAUAACACGCAUGCAAUUUACUGUGCACGAAGAGAUGACUGUGAAAGUGUAUACAGCUUGAUAGGCAAAGGGGUUGCGUAGGCACUGGAGUUCGUUGGAACGCGUGCCUUGCCUGGCAAAACCCCGCGGCCGCGCAGGCUAGCCUCAGGAUGUGUAAGCACAAGUCAGUG